AUGUUGUGCGAGAGAUGGUUCUGGUCAGGAGGGAACCUGCUGUGGGCAAAAAGAGACUCAUUCUCCCCCCCCGUGGGAGCAGACAACAAAAUCGACCCCCUGUUCAAUGUGAAGACCCAUGAUCAAGUCAAAAAGUACUUUUUAGUGAUAGCUCGCCUGGGUGAAGGAGACUAUUUUGGUGUUGGAGAGGAUUUGACUAAAAUGAGCAUCAUUUCAGUUAAAAAGGUAGGAACAUUGUAGCCUGCGUAUCCCUCUCUCGUGAGCCGUUCGUUCACGCACGCAACAUUCACCUUCCUCUUGCUUCCUACGCAGACUUACUUAGGGCUUUGUCAUGCGUUCCUGGUAGGGCAGGAAAUCGUAACGAAUUCCUUAGAAAGUGUGCGUGGGAGGCUAACCUUCUCCUUCCACGGCUUCAAACGCCUUCCACGCAAGCUAGGAAAAUUGUGCUUUAGGUAACUAUAUGGGAGGUGUUUGAUUAGUAAUGACUCUACCUUGCUUAAAAAUAGAUUGCAAUGUGUGUUCAUUAAAUCGAAAUGUGGUAAGAAUGGCGUUUUGGUCAUGAAGCUGAUGCCACAUUUGACAUCUUCUGUGAUCCGACACAGAAGACGAACAGAAUAAGAAAUCUAAGUAUUUGCAUAAUUCCUUUGGAAAAAAAACUGGCCUCGUAUUGCUUGGCAUUUGGUUCGUAUGUUGGUGAUUUUCUGUUCAAAAUAAAAAUGUGUUUGGGUCUGCUUUUCCUUCUACGUAUUUAUAACUACAAUACAGUUAAGGAUUCUCCUGUAUGGUUUAGAAUAUAAAAAGAGCUCAGCUUUUAGGCUUGGCUAAAUCUAUAAGUAAAAACAAUCAUAAUAUUCUGCACAAUGCAAUAAUUUGUAUACAGUUACCUUUCACCCUUUUGACACGUCGCAAUUAUGGACAGCGGCUAGAUCUCCAGCAAAUAUAAGGGAUUUUGGCUUUUAAGAUCGCUAACUCGCUGUCCCGCGGUUGUCCGCAAUAAAGAGAGGAGGGUAUAAUUGCGAAAAGACGUGAUGCUGACAAUAAUGAUAGGAAACACAUGAUUUACUAGCUGUACUCUUCACGGAUCUACUCAGUGGUGAUGGAGACGAUCUGUGUUUGUAGGUCCAAUGCGAGGUGCCCUCCCCUCCCUAUCAUUCCCAAAUCCCAUGACGGAGAUACUAGGGGGGAGGUCACUAGUGGUUCUUGUACUUCGUCAUAGAGUUAGAUUAAGUGAAAGUUUGAGGUGAGAUGGACCUAUGGUGGUUAUCUAAGAAGAGUGAAAGUCUCAGCGCUUGUAGAUAUAAUAGAAAAGGCAGGUUUUUUUUUUUCAAUUGAAAGUUAUUUUAGGCCUUAUUUUAGGCCAUAUUAAAACACCAUUUAUUUCAGCUUUGAGUUAACUGUUUACUAUGUUCUGUGAAUACUCCACGCCUUUUUUGACUGACUGUUAUUACCUCUUGAAUCUUAGCUACUUGUAGAAAAGACAAACCAAAAACUUAACAUGAUUUCUUUGUUUUCUCCAGUGCAGUGUAGCGAACAGCUUUCAAAACGUUUAUGAAACUAUUCCGAAAUUUGAGAUGAGUUAUUGCCUUUAGGUUGAGAUCGUUAUGGUGCCAAGAACCGUCAUGAUUAAGCAUGAUCAAGGAAAAAGCGAAGAGGAGAUGAGACUACAGCGCGAUAGAGAAUUCCCUUCAACAAACGAGAUCUUUCACAGCUUUGUAACAGGAGAAAAAUGGAAGCAUUAUAAACUUGACGUUUUGGAUAGAUUGCGAACACCUAAGUGGCUUUUGAAUCCUACAACAUUAGAUGAUGUUCCUUUGUCGAUUCGUCAACUAUGUGUUCGUCAGUGUAAAUUCUAUAGCAAGAGAAAAUGCCUAACGCCAGUUCGGUAA